CAGACUGAGCCGCAGACUGAGUGUUGUUCUCCGAGAGGUCGGCCUCUCUCACGUUACCAAAUCUAUUUGGCUCCUUGGAGGCUUGAACAAACAGUAGCACCUUCACCGCAGCACCCACUUUACACUUUCCAUGUUAUACAGUGUGGGUGGGCUGUCCCAACGCCUUUUUUAACGAGAGGACUGGUUAGUUGAGGUGUGUCCUGGCUUAACCAUUAACCUCAGGGUUUAUCCAAUGACGUUCCUCUGCUGACCUCCUCAAAUCACUAAUGUAUGGGAGUUUCCAUCAAGCCUUUUGCACCAUUUGAUUAUUUUGCUUCUUGUUCUCUGGGGAAAUGUUGGAAAAGAUCUUAGUCCUGCUUUGUUUGCCAUCUGCUUUGGCACAACAUCUCUGUACACCAGGUGCUUCCGAUGGCUACAAAGUCCGACUCAGCAUCAAAACUGCUCUGGGAGAUCAAGCUUAUGUUUGGAACGAGAACGAAAUGUUCCUGUUCCGAGCAACUCUGGCUUUUGCCAUGAGGACUCACUUCAACGGCCAGAUGUAUAAUGUGUCAAACAUCGUCGUGUGUGAUGAGACGCCCAGAGUGUCCUUCUGGUUCGUGGUGACGUCACCGCUGGACACUUCAACGCUUGUUGAUAGAAAAGAUGUGGAGGAGGCUGUCAGAAAGUCCAGGAACCGCAUCAACAGUGCCUUUCUGCUAACUGAUAAAACUCUGGAGUUCAUCGGCAUCGCUCCUACCCUGGCAGCACCAGUCUACCCGGACCCCCCACCGUGGCUCAUUGUGUUUGGGGUGGUCAUGGGUGCUGUGGGUGCUGGCAUAAUCAUUCUGCUUGUGACCUCUGUGCUCCAAAAGAAACGCAAAAAGAACGAGAAAAGUGAAGGUGAGGAUGAUGAAGAAGAUACACGGGUGAAAACGGUGGAAAAUGGCACUGCGAGUGACGGUGUUUACAACAUGUCAUUCUCAGACGAUGAGCGGUUCACAAAGAUGUAAAACUAUUGAAACAUUUCCAUGUAAGCAAAAAAUGACAAAGCUGCUCCAGGUGGACUUUUAUUGCACUGUGAUAUUCAAUGAGCAAAAUCAUUUUAAAGUUGUAAUUUCUCAAACAUAUGUCAUUUAACCCUCCUGUUGUCCUCGGGUCAAAUUUGACCCGUUUUUAAAAGGUUUCUAUGUCAGAAAUGUGGGUUUCUUUCAACCAAAUUGUCAGUAACGUGGAUGCUGCAUACAACCCUCUUCCCAAGUAA